GACCUAUCCAUUUUGAACGGCUGGUUUCUGUUUCUUUGUGCCUGCGUGACCUGUUUCUCAUCGGACGGAUCAGGUGGAAAAGAGAUUUUAUCAACUUUCGGGACAGGCUCGGGUCAAGCCCAACAAACAUCUCGGAGCUUAGGUCGUCGGGCCCUGGCCCGGUUUCUUGGCACGGUGCCACCGCUGCAAACAACUGUUUUAAACGCAGCGCAACCUCGGUCGGACUGACUUAGUAGCAGCAUGGCGGAGAGCGGAGAUCGCACCUCAGAGGUUUUGGACUCUCCGAUGGAAAGAAUGGACGGUGGAGAUCUCAUCAUCAACCUGCAGUCUCAGCUCAAAUCCCUCCGCUACAGAGUAGAGGAACUCGAGCUCGAGAACGCGAGAUUGUCGUCUCUGAUGGCCGAUUGCCGCUGCCAGAAGAUAGAGGAUGAAACAGAGCAGCCUGUUGAUGGGUUUACUUCCGAUUUCUCUGCUGUGUGUGUGGAUGGUUCUCUUGAUUCUAGCAGGGGGUUGACUGCAUCCCAAGACAUGUGUACUUUGGAUAUUGUCCAAGAAAGUUCCGAAGAUGGAAGAGAUAAGGACACCAGCCAGAAGGAUGCAUGUGGACACUUAAAUGGAUUAUGCAAUGAGAGGCCCAUCAAAUGUACAAGGAAAAAAUCAAGAGAGAGACUGCGAGGUUGUGACCUGAGGACCAUGCCUCAUAAUGUCAAGAGAUUCGUUGCUCUAAAAAUCAUGUAUUUUGGUCAGAGGUUUUAUGGUUUUGCUUCAGAGGCCCACAUGGAUCCAACUGUUGAGUCUGAAAUUUUCAAGGCACUCGAGAAGACAAGGCUUUUGGGUGGUGACAAGAAGGACAUACAGUACUCACGGUGUGGUAGAACAGACAAGGGGGUUUCCGCUACUGGUCAGGUGAUUGCUCUAUUUUUACGAUCAAAUCUCAAGGACACUGGGGGCCUGGAAAAUUAUGAGGAAAUCACUCCAAAACAAUUAUGUGAAGAAGAAAUUGAUUAUGUGAGGGUGCUGAAUAGAGUACUUCCCAAAGAUAUCCGAGUCGUUGGCUGGUGUCCUGCCCCUACUAACCUUCACGCAAGAUUUAGCUGUAUAAGCAGGCAAUAUAAGUACCUUUUCUGGAAAGAAAAUCUGGAUAUAUCGGCAAUGGAGAUAGCUAGUAAGAAAUUAAUUGGGGAACAUGACUUCAGGAACUUCUGUAAAAUGGAUGCAGUGAAUGUGCACAACUACAGGCGUCGGAUCACAUCUUUUGAAAUCUCUUCAUGCAAUGAAAGGUCUGAUGGGAAUGGAGUAUGGGCAAUGACAAUUAAAGGUAGUGCUUUUCUAUGGCACCAGGUCCGAUGCAUGGUUGCUGUGCUAUUUAUGAUUGGUCAAGGUCUUGAAUCUCCUAGAGUUAUAGAUGUUUUACUGGACACCAACAGGACACCUAGAAAACCACAGUUUGUCAUGGCGUCUGAGCUUCCAUUGGUUCUUCAAUCCUGUGAAUUCAAAGGUCUCGAUUUCAUCUGCUCAUCAGGUGCCAGGCGAACUUUGCAUGAGCACCUUAAGAGUGAAUUCCAAACUUGCAUGCUGCAAGCCACCAUCUUUGAUGAGGCCCUGAGCAGCUUGCCUCCACCAGGUGGUAGUCCCUUGGAACUCGGUGAGAAAAAACGAGCCCAUGUUCCUCUCCUGUCACGUCCAACGGAGCCUUCUUAUGAGGAGCGACGUGCCAAAUCGAGCGCGAGCUUUUCAACUUCACAUGAGCUGAUGAACGAAGUGAUCUGAAUCAAAGUCCAUUGGGUGAAAUUAUUUUUCUCAAGCGAGAUGCCGAACUGCACGAAAGUUUUUAUCUUUGCAUGUGUACCAUCAAAAGGCUUGCGUUAUUUAUUUAUUUAUUUAUUUUAAUUAUUUGUUCAAGAUAUUUAUUGUUACGAGCACUUGGUUCAUUUCCAGCUGUUGUGGAGCCUAUUCAAUGAUUUCUACACGGAUUUGAACCUUA